AUGGCUGGGACCAACCCAAGCUCCGUGACAUCCAAUGUAUCACGAACACUCGCCUUACCGGCACCUUCUGAACCCGUCCAGCCUACAUCAGCCUCCACCGCCACCUCUGCGAUGUCCUCGCUCAUCCAGAUCACCGCCCUACUUCCCGCACGCACGGCAUGCGCAAAGCUCACACCACGCAAGCUGUUCAACAUUGCGUACCUCGCGCCAGUCUUUGCGCUGCUCGGCGCUGCCUUCGGUGCGCUUGUAGCGUGGCUCUUGUCCCGUAGACUCUACCAUCGACAGGAGCACGAGACUCUCGAGCCUGGGCCAUGGUACGUCGCACCCGAGAUGGGCACCGUGAGGCAGUCACUGGGCAGGGAGACGCCAAGCAUGUACUCAGCGGUGCCUGUCUCGGAGCAGGCUCCGCUCGCUCGUGGUGCGAGCACUGACUGGGGGAGCUGA